UAUUAUUCUUCUUCAUUCUUUCGUAUUAUAACUUCCGCUCCAAAUUUGACCAUCCUUCAUCACUUUCGCUGGUUCGCCAGAUUUGUACUGUGUUUUGUCAGAAAAAAAAAAAGAAAAACAGUUUUGAUUGAUCCUUACACACUGUUUUCAAUUUUCCGCUGCUUUGAAUUGCUGCAACUGUUUGAUUUCCAAGGGGUACAGCAUUGCAACUGUUCGUUUGGCUAUCUUUUUUCCUCAAAUAGGGAGCGUGGAGUACUUUAAAAGCUCCAUCCGAGUUGUAAGUGUUUCACAAAAGAAAAGGAGUUUAUGUGUUUCAUGAAUUUCAUCUCUUUUUGUGUCUUUAGUUUAAGAUUCCUUGCAAUUCUUUACUGGUGAUUUCGUUGCUCCGUUAUUUGCUCUAGACUUACAGGAGGUCUGUUCAUUGCAUUGUAGGUGUUUGAUUUUAUGUCUAGCUGAAUUUUUAAUGUAUAUCUAGUGAAGAAUUAUAUUUUUUCGUGCUUUCAUACAUUGAGCCUUUUUUUUUUUUUUUUUUUUUUGUUUUUGAGAAACAAGAAUUAGCUCGACUUGAAGUGCAUAUUUUUUAAAGUUCAAUAUAAUCUGGACUUGAUUUAAUAAAUAGUGACGCGUUUAUAAUACUGAUGAUGAAUAUGAAUAUCACUUUUUUCAUACUUUCAUGUAUUUCAAUUUUGUUCAGUUCGAGAUUUUUAACUUUCAAAUCUUUGAACAUAAGGCAUGAUUAAAGUAUCUCUAAUUCUCCGUGUAUGAGUUUCACUGUCAGUUCUUAAAAAUGACACCAAGAAGGUAAAGCGAAAUUUAGUAGCGUUAUCAUUGUGCACGAAAUUAUUUAGGAGACAGAGUGCUUUCAUAAAUCUCUAUCAAUAUGGAAUAUCUACUUCUUACAAUUGUCCACAAACAGGUGCACGUUCUUGUUCAUAAUUGUGUACAGAAAUUUUACCUAAGAGUGAGUAAGAUCAUAAAUUCUGUAUAGGAUUGUGAUUGUGAAUGCAUGUCCAACAAAAUCGUAGUGUUUAAAAUAAUCCGGCUUCCGGUUAGUUUUUAAUAAUACUCCGUAUAAUAGAAGAAAUUGCCGGGUCUCUGACUUUGGUGGAUUAAUACGGUUCGGGUUAUAAUAGAAAAUGGGUCGAUAGAUAUUUAAUAGUUAACUUCUACCUCCCCUUUUUAGAUAUCCGCCAUUUUUCUGCAGCUUUUCUUCACAGUUUUCAUAUGGUUCUCUUAUCAUUCUUGGUAGCUCAACAAAAGGCUCAUCAGUUCAGAAUCUAUUGAGAAUAAAUAUUCUCCGCUUCCAUUUGCAAGAAGUAUCCUCUAUUGCGACUGUUUAUUGUCCAUAGGAAUUGUUUUUUUUAAGUUGAGAAGUAUUCUGUAUUGUGGACAAUUGAAAGCCAGAGGUUGAAAUCAUUUGUAGGAAAUUUUGUGGGUUUAUUUACGUAUGAGUAGAAGUGUGAGAUUUAAGGUUCAACUUUAUUGAACUUGAAUCUAGGUAUUCACAGGAAUUCAUCUAUAAAGCUUUAUAUUCUGUGGUGGAUGGCUUCAUGAUGGAAAUGGGAUUGAAUUCAUGUUUAUUCUUUAUUUUCUUAUGCAUAUUUUUGUUGAAAAGUUCAUAAUCAAUUUUUCUUACAUGUUAAAACUACCUCAAACUUGGUUUGUUUACUGGUCUCUUCCAUGCUGUCCUGUGAUACAGCUGUUGAAAUUCCACCAAAGAUGGAGGUGGGGCUUUGAAGUUGUGUUGUUGAAUCCCCUUUGUGCAGAGAAGAUCAAUGUUCAUUCUUCCCCGUUUCCUCUCAUUAUCAGCUCCAGCCAAAAGACCUGAUCACUGGCUCUCGUUAUGCCUCUCAUUCACCACAUCAGUAUCCUCAGCAGAAAAGAUCAUGACCCGUUUGCAGAAUGACGGGUCCAACAUGGAAAAUUCUCUCAACAGAAUCAAAAUUUCUCUUGAUGCAACGUGUGUUGUCGAAAUUUUAGAGAGACUUUCCUUGGAUAAGCAUCAUUUGGGUCUUCGGUUCUUCAUUUGGGCUGGCCUUCAACCCAGGUUGCUUAUUGAGAAGGGAGAGGUUGACGAAUCACUGAAUUUGAUGAAAGAAAUGGGUUUGAUUGACCUUUAUCCAGAUAUGAUCACAUAUACCUGUGCUAUUAAGGGGUUAUGUGAUUUGGGUAGGUUGGAGGAUGCCUGCAGGUUGGUUAAGGCUAUGAAAGGACACGGCUGUUUGCCAAAUUCGAUUGUAUAUUCAGCAUUACUUGAUGGGCUCUGUAAGUUUGGGACUUUCGAGAGGGCGAUCGAGAUGCUGACUGAAAUGGAGAAGGAAAAUGGGGAUAAUAAGCCUAAUGUGCUUACUUAUACAACUUUGAUUCAAAAUUUUUGCGAGAAGGGUCAGUCUAUGAAUGGCUUGCGAGUUUUAGAUCGAAUGAGGGACUUUGGAUGCAAACCAAAUAGAAUCACAAUGAGUGCUCUAAUCAAGGGACUUUGCUCAGAGGGGCACCUAGAAGAAGUCUAUAAGGUCAUUGAUAAAGUAGUUGGAUAUAGUGUUUCUUAUGAUGAAUGUUAUAGCUCGCUUGUAAUCUCCCUAUGGCAGAUUGGAUACAUUGAAGAGUCAGAGAUGAUUUUCAAGAAAAUGUUGGCUCGAGGAUUCAGGCCUGAUGGUGCUGCUUCAAGUACUGUUAUGAGGCAGCUUUGUUUAGCAGGUAGGCCGUUAGAUGCUUUUCACUUGUAUGAAGCAAUCGAGAAGUCAGGAAACGUCACUAUUGAUACUGAUCUCUAUUCAAUUCUUUUGGUUGCACUUUCUGAAGAAAAACAUAUACUGGAAGCUGCUAAGUUGGAGAAGCUAAUGGUGCAGAAAGGUCUCCAAGUGGAAACACCUUGUGUUGACAGUGUUUUGAACAUCUGAAACGUACUCAUGAAGAAUAACUGUUAUCCUAAACUGUUUGGAUUAAUAUAUGAUUGGGGAAACCUUUGCUCAUUUUCCCCUCUGAUGGGUGACACCGAAUUUAAGCCCAAUUGUUGUUGAAUGAUAUAACUGCUUUUUGAAGGAACACUUUGGAAGUGGGCUAGUAGCUGUUUGACAUUGCUAUUAUAUCAAAGUGCAAUUUUUGGAUUUAGCAGCAUCAUAGACAGAUACAGUACGAAUCAAAAACAGAAAUGCCUGAUGAAUUGUUUCAUUUCCCACUCGUACAUUGAGAAGAACAUACGGCAUUAUGUACUUCUGUUAUGGACACACAGGAUAACUGCACUUAAUCUAGCAAGCUGGAAAGAGCAGCCGUUCCACACUGCGGGGAUCGAAGUGGACCUUGAAUAGUCUUCCUUUGUAUUUGGAUGCUCAGAGAAUUUAUUCAUUAUCUGCUUGCGCAGUUCAUGGAGAAUAACUAGGUUUCAUGUAGAAGCUGUCAAUCUGGAAGUAGCUGCAGCUGCUCUAGAAGUUUGAGAUGGAAUUGACUUUUUAUGACGAUUAUGGACAAAGAGCCUCGGCACGAGCCUCUUCCAUGUUAGGGCUCUUGUUCUGAUAUUGUACUCAGGCGGGAGUUGCCAAAGUCCACAUAGUAGAUGGUGAGAUUCUCGCAAUUGAGUUUUGCCUUUAGAAGUAAUGCUACGGACACAUUUUGACGGGAAUGCUUAUUACUCUGUAACCUAAAUGAUCUGCUUAUGCGAGGUUUCAUUUUCUUUUGGCAAUAUAUAGAUUGCUUUUGGCUGCAAAUGCAAAUGUAGUGUGCCAUCUUUCACUACAUCAAUAUCAGCUUCUCAUUUCGUCUUAAGGAUCACAAUUAAGAGAAAUGUGCAUCUGGUAUAUUUAUAGUUAAAUAGAUCAGCACUUAUGAUGCUUCUGUAUUAUUUCAUCAUUCUCAGUAGAUUUGCUAUCCGUGUUACAAAAAGGGUUACUGUCGAACACCCCUGUUUUGGUACAUGAUAAAUGAAUCUUUCCAGCCUAAUCUCCAGUGACCUAUGCUAAAUGGCACAUUCCAUGCCGAGAUAAAGAUAAAUGUAAAAGAAUUGAACAGCAAAGUUUGUGGGAGAUUGAUGACACUUUCCUAUGGGAGAAAUGUUUCUGCAAAAGCUCUCCCAUUAGCUGAGUUGAAAACCAGUUUUGGUGUUCUUAGCUGAUCGAUCCUCUCUCCAGCCUUGUCUGUUUUUUUUUUUUUUUUUGCCUCUUUUAUUCCACUAGAUCAAGUACUCAUAAUAAACCAAGAAAAGCGCAUCAGGAGUAUCUUUAGGAAGACUAUUUAUAUAAAGGUGAAACCGCAGCAUAUCCUCCUUCACUAGACUUUCCCUAUCAGCUACCUCUUUGUCACAUGUGAGAACCCACAGGUCGCCGGAGUUUACUCGCUUCAGGCUGCCUCGGCAAAAGGGGCAUGAAGCUGAUCUUAGACUCCUGGGGAACCGGAAGCAAGCAACACUUCUGUAAGAACAACUCUUUUCUUGCUUUUUGUGUGUGUGUGUGUGUGUGUGUGUGUGU